AGAGAAAUAAUUUCAUCUAGUCUUCCAAAUUUUGUGUCCCAAGACAGCUCUUGUGAUAAUCCUCCUAUACUUCGAGUAAAGCCAGCCAGAGAUGCUAAGAUUUCUCCUCUUUCAAUGUCUGCUGUAGAUAUUGCUUCAAGUUCUGAUGUGUGCCUUGAGAAACAUAUGAAACUAUCACAUAAAACUUUAUGUAAAGAUAUAAAUAAAACAAAAAGAGCAAUCCGUGUAAAUCAAAAAAUUUCUUGUGAAAAACAGAUAGACAGCUGUGAAAACUCGGAGAAAUCUGAUAUUCUGUUGGAAAAUGCAACAGAAAGUACUGAUAUUAACCAUCAAGUAGAUCUGCCAGAUAUGUGUAUGAAGCCAGUCCCUAAUGAUGUCUAUUCUGUUGAACCUUUAACACCUCCAAAAUCAGUUCCUGAGCUGGAUGGCUCUUUGGAUUCUGUGUCUGAAGCUCAGAGAUCCUUAUCUUUGUUAGCAUCUAUGUUAGAUAACUCAAACAAAAAGGAAUCACCAUCUGAGUCUAUGAUUAAAUCAGCUGACGAAAACAGAAAAUGUCCAUCACCAAUAGAUACUUCUUAUAGGACACUUAACAGUGCAUCUGCUUUUCCUGAAAAAACUGACCAUUCAGUUGUUGGAUCUGAAUCCAUUUUAGAUUCAACUCAGCUUAAAAGUGGUAUGGAUAAUAAUAUGACUCUUGGUGAGUUUCUUAGUUUGAAUUCAAAAAAAGUUGCUCAUUCUUCUGAACCUCUAGAGGAGAAAAAAUGUAUUCCAGAUGGUGAUUUUAAUUUGCUGAAAGACGAAGAAAAUCAAGAUAACACAGAGAGUAUAUAUCAUAAAACUGUAAGAAAUGGCUGGACUACUGAAGAAGCUGGAUUUCUUACAUUUGGGGAACUUUUUUUACUGCUUGGAAAACCAUCUACCAUUGUUUUAGAGUAUGAAUUUGAACAAUCUGAAACUCCUGUAACUAACACUGAGGAGAAUGAAACACCUUCUGAGAUGACAACAAUGUUGAAUAAAGUUUUUGAAGUAGCUCAGACUUAUUUUAUGGAGCCUAAAAAUAAGCAGGUAUCUGGAAAGCAGCAUGGCCGUACUUCUAAUAAAACAUCAAAAAUUAAAACUUGCCUAAACGAAAGAGCUGCCAAAGAUAUACCAAAUAUGAAUGCAAGUUCUGAUGCAAAUAUAAGCUGCAAAGAAGUUUCAGUAAAUAAAGAUGCUGCAUAUGUAAAUCCAACAAUUGCAUCAGAUAAUUUAACACCUGAUAAGCAUGUUUUUGUUAUGCCUGUUGGAACAGCUCCCAGAAAUGUGAAGCCACCUGAUCAAAAUUCUCUUAAAGAAGAAAUUGGGAAACUUCUGCCUGGGACAAGGAGAGGAUGCAGAGUGCGUCGAAAACCUUUGGUUGUUCAGAGACCUUUGCUGCCUCGUGAAGGAAUGAGAACUCUUUCCGGUCCAAGACCUAUGACAGUAGUACAUAUUGUGCCUUCUGUUUCACCAUUAACUGCUGUCAUACCAUCUAGCAUUACAAGAGCUGAGAAUAAAAUUAACAUCCCUUCCGCAAAAAAGGUUAUGAAGAUUAUUUCUCCAGGAUCAUCUAUUGACAUGCAUCCGAUCCAGGUGCCAGUAAUUAAACAAGUUCAUACAGAUCCUGUUCCAAAUAUGAUUUUACAACAAAGUUCAGUACCAGCCUCACAUGUUCUUGUGAAUUCUACCUCAGCAAAUUCUAUUCAGAUUUUAAGUGAUCAAAAUAUCUCAUGUCGAUUGACACCUGUCAGCUCUACAAUUACAACUUCUCUUAUAAAAAACCAAGAGAGUUCAGCUGUUAUGGAAAGCCUCCCUAUAAUAUCCGAUUCUGAAAUUGCAACAUCUUCUACCCUAGACGCACUAAAUUUGGACUUGCUGUCUGUGUCAUCUACAAAUUCAAAUAAAUAUGAUGAAAAUUUUGUUUCAUUUCCCCAUAUAUCAAUACCAGAAACUUCAAAUCCUUUACCUUCCAGUAUGUCUCCAAUAGCAUCAGCAUCAUUUUUGGAUGAUUUUGGGCUUACUCCAAAUAAAAGUAAGUUAUAUGAUUCUGUAUCAAAUACAUCAUCGCUCAGUGUCGAUCUCCUUCCUGCUACUCCAAAACAAAGUACUCCACCUGAAAGCCCAGCUCACCAACCUUUCAGAAUCAAUUCACCUGAAAUUCAGUGGUUAAAUGGAGAGAGCACUGAAUUAUCACUGAACACUUUCUUAAACUCUAUGGAAUCACCUUGUAAAGUUACCUCAUCUUCUACAUCUGCUAAUAUAGUGACUGAAAACUCAAACUUUGAUUCAAUUUCAAGAUUGCCACCUGUUGUUGACUCUCAAGUUCGUUGUUUACUUGAUGAAUGCAGCAUUGAUUUCAUUACAAAAUUUGAAGAUCUUGCUGAUGUGAUAAAUAACUCAUCAAGUAAUGAAAGCAAACAAACAUGACUUCACUUGUAUAUAUUAUACCAUAAUAUUGUAAUGUUUACUACAUGCUGUAAAAAAUUAUGAAUUUUUCAUAACUCCAAGCUUUUUCAUUUCAUUUUUAAGAUAUGAGUGCUUUAUCUAUGUGAAAAUAUCUGAAUAGAUUUAUCUUUGAAAUAUUAUGGAAUGUAUGUGUUCUCAUAUAAAUGCAUUUAAAAACAUAUUUGUAAGUUGUGGAAAUACUGUUGCAAAUUUUCAGUAUAAAAUACAUUUCAAUCUUGAAAUGUUUUUAAAAUUGUACACUUUAUGUGUAAUGUACUACACAUUGAAUUUGUUGUAGAAACUUAUUUUUAAUUAAAGCGAUACAUUUAUAACUUUUGAAAAUGUAUUAGUUUAGUAUUAUUUAUGUCUUUUACAUAAAAAAAUACAAAAAUUAGCAGUUUUCUAUGUCUUGUAUGGCUGAGAAAGAAAUACUUUUAAACAAGAUACUAGAAUCCUUAUUUUCAGUAAUUCACACAUGUAUCAAAUAUUUUAUUUCGUGGACCAAUAUUAAAGUGUACAUGAAAUGAAUAUUUGAAUAUCAUUCAGUUUUUAGCCGGACAUUUUUGUGCAACCAACUUCUAAAAUAUGGGGUCCAUAUACUUCAUGAAAAUUUUAGAAGUACUUAAUUUUGAAAAUUAAGAGCUCUUCUUAAAGUAAAUGAUUUGAAAUGUUCUUAUUUAAGCUGAUUUAUUUUAAACCAGUUUGUAGUUUUUUAAAUUACUAUUUGAUUAAAAAACUAAAUAAGGAGGAUUCAUCAAUUAAAAAAUUAUUCUUCAUAAUGAAAAUUUUAAAAUUCACAUUUAUGCCUCUCCCUCUAAAUAAAAAUACUUUCUAAAUACAAUAAUACUCUCUCAUCUGUGGCAACAUGUUUCAUUGCUUACUGCAGAUUGUGCUGAAUGCUGUAUUCGGUUCACAAAACUAGGCAAACAUUUAAAUGAUAAAAUGUGUCGAGUUUUACCUAAUGUUCGUAAGUAAUACGGUACAAUUUCAUAAAUAAAAUCGAUGAAAUUUUAUUACAUAUGUACCACAGUAAAUAUUACUGUCAUUAAAUAAAGUAAUUAUAUAGCAUUCUAUAUACUGCAUCUCAUAGUAACAAUGUAUUUCUUUUAUUUCUGUUUUAUACACGAGAUUAAGGAAUUCUAAUGCUUAAAUCCUCAAAGAGCUGAUAUGCCAACAAAAAGUAUUCUAUCUUAUUAUGUAUUAUCAUGUGCAGUUUCAAGUGUUAGCAGAAAACUAGAAAUUGCUCAUGUAUCAAAGUAUUACAAGAGCAGUGAACCAUCAAUCCAGAUCAUGCAUAUAUUUGUGCUUGUGAUGAGAAUUGGCAUUAGAAAGCUAGUGACAUUCAUUACACCGUGUUAUAUCAUUUUGUGUUGUGUAUAUGGUGUAUAUUUUCUGUCGUAACAAACUGUUUUAUUUUUUAAAAUUUUUUAGUGUUUUAGAGGGGGUAGCAGUAAGCUGCCACAGAUAACUUAAUUGGUAUAUAUGAGGGCGACUAUAUAUUCUUUUAUUUGUAUUAGAAAUUAUUGCUAUUUGAGCUUUGAGAUAUUGGUGAUUUUAAAUUCGCUUAAAUAUUAAAUUGGUAACAAAAUCAGAUAUUUGCAUGCUAAGGAAUAAAGAUGAAUCUGAGAAGUUUUAAAUACUUAGCAUAAAUAUUAUAUAUACAUUAAAGAACUCAAUAAUUUUCAUAGAUUAUUUGUAGAAAUGUUUUCCAGAAUAUUUAGCUCAUUUCACUGCAGUUACCAGCAAUUACACCUUAAAUGAGUGAAAUGGGAUGACUUCAGAGCCGUUUCAAAAUUGAGUACUUAACUGCUUUUAAAGUUUCUGUGAAGAGAAAGUAGGUAAGAUUAGAUUACUUUCAAGCAAAAGGAAAAUUUUUUCUACUUUUCAGCUGGGAAAGAUAACUUUCCUGACUUUGAUUUUUCAAGCACUGUUAUUUUUAUUGGAGAAGUAUUUACAUGUGUGUAUGAAUCCUGUUUAUUAUUGUGCAGUAAAGUGUGUUGUAGAAUAUUUUUAAAAAAUAAGUAUGUAUGCAAUUUAAAUUGUUAUUUGCUUCAAAUCUGUAUUUCAGAAGACAAUCACAUUUUUAGUAUUCAUUCAGUUUAUUCACAAUUCAUUAGUUAAUUGUGUGUAUAAGUUAUGUCUUUUAUCAGACUGUGAAAAAAUGAAAUGAGAGGUAUCGUCUAGUUUUAUUGAUAUAAAUUGAUUCACAGUACCUAUGUAUAUCUUUUAAUGUAAUUUGAGUUUCUUUAUAAAAACUCCCUCUGAAAGUAGUCAUUAGAAAGCUCUACAGAGUUUUUAUUCUAAGACAGCUUGUACUUCAGUUGUUUGUAUUUUAACAGUAAUCUACUUCACACUCCCCUUUCCCCAAAAAGGAAAUAUGUUCUUGUUUUGUUAAAUUUAAUAAAUUAUAAGUGACAUUGGACUUGUAUGAUUCUACAAAGCAUUUAUUUUAAGUAAAUCAUAAAGUCGGGGAUUAUUUGAAAGAAAACGAAAUUCGGUGACUAUAUAAAAAUGUGUCAUUUUUAAAUCAAUAAUUAUGCUAGUUGUCUUCUGUAUGUAAACAAACUGCUUUGCAAUUUAAUUGACUGUUUGAUUGUUAACUGAUAUUAUUUUGUCUUAUGUAUUAAUGUUGCAGAAAAAUUGUCAUAAUCCUGUAUAGUUUAUUGUCAUUAUUAUUUAAUUAUCUUGCACUGUUUUUCCUAAUUCUUUUAACACAAAAGGCAGUGUUUAUGCAUUUGAUAGUAUUAGGUAAUUUUCAGCUAUAAAGUUUUAUUUUGUUUUACAAAGCAAACAAAGAUAAAUAACAAAGCUGUAAAUUAUAAGAAUAAUUUAUAAAAAUAAGAAAAACAUUUAACAUAAUAACUAAAAAUGAAUUAUAAGAAUGUACAUGUUUUGAUGCCAUGUUUAUGUCAAAAAGGAAUUUUUCAAAAAUUUUAUUUUAUUCAUAACUGGAGUACUAUUUUAAAGUGUUUUCAUGUGCAAUAGGAACUAAAGUUUUAAUAUUUGGUAUCUGUACUAGAACAUGCUUGUGUAGUUCUUAUGCAGUUCUUGAAGUAGCAUUUUUAGAACGAUUAGUUAGAUUAAUCUAAAACUUUUUUUCUUUCUGUCUUGGCUAUGUGAUAUUAUUUUACAUCAGGUAGAAAGAUUUUAAAUUAAACCAUAUUAAUUUUAUUAGAUUCUAUAGUGUAAUAAGCCUUAUAAUUACGUGAAAGUGAUUUAACCACCGAUAGUUCAACAAAGCAAUAAAAUGACAUUUGUAAUGA